UCUGUGCAAGAGAGCGCGUGGCAGCAAAUGUCCAUACUGAGCCCUCUUUGCAAAUUAGCUCCCUUGUGUGAAGUGUCUGACAUAACAUUUUCCAUCCCUGGAAUAGACAUGAACUUUGGAAACUCCUGCUGUCCAUAUUAGGGCAUCUCCCGAGAUUCUGUGUGAUGCACAAUCUUAUUGCACUUAGUUGCCAGUGGAGAUGGUGGAAUCCCCUAAAGACAUCAAAAAGAACAAAAAUCGUGCCUUGACGUCAGUGAAAUGUACUUGUUCGCAGCUGGCGUUCAGGUGAUCACAUCAGUAAGAAAUACGCUUGUAUUACAGAGCCUGCCUUGCAGUUCUUACAAAUCCUAUCCUGAAAGGCCAUUUAGUGCAAUAUGUAAAUGAACACUUGUCGGACAUGUGCUUCUGUGACUCUUUGCGUCCACACACUGCAACCCAGCUCGCUUGACUCUGCGGGGAUGGGGGGGGUGUUGGGGGAGGCUGUGAUCCUUGUCUGCGCGCUGUUCCAGGUGGGCUACACGGUGCGCUUCGAGGACGCCACCUCCGCCGAGACCCGCCUGAGGUUCAUGACGGACGGCAUGCUGCUGCGGGAGGCCAUCGGCGACCCCCUGCUGCAGCGCUACACCGUGGUCAUCCUGGACGAGGCCCACGAGAGGACGGUGCACACCGACGUGCUCUUCGGAGUGGUGAAGACCGCCCAGAAGAAACGCAAGGAGCAGAACAAGUUUCCACUGAAGGUGAUUAUAAUGUCGGCCACAAUGGACGUGGAUCUGUUCUCCCAGUACUUCAACAAAGCCCCAGUUCUUUACUUAGAAGGACGGCAACAUCCCAUCCAGAUCUUCUACACAAAGCAGCCGCAGUCAGACUAUCUCCAGGCGGCGCUUGUGUCAAUCUUCCAGAUCCAUCAGGAAGCUCUGCCGUCGAGUGACAUACUGGUGUUCCUGACGGGACAGGAGGAGAUAGAGGCCCUGGCGCGCACCUGCAGGGACAUCGCCAAGCACCUGCCCGAGAGCUGUGGGCCCAUGUCCGUCAUCCCCCUGUACGCCUCCCUGCCCCCAGCGCAGCAGCUCCGGGUCUUCCAGCCGGCGCCCAAGGCCAUUCAGGCAGCCAUCGAGCAGCUGGAGUUGCUGGGAGCUGCGGAACGCAAAGACGAUCAGGUCACCCUGACUCCUCUAGGGAAGAAGAUGGCCAGUUUCCCGCUAGAGCCCAGGUUUGCCAAGACAAUCCUGCUGUCAGCGGACUUCUCCUGUACGGAGGAGGUGCUGACGAUCGUGUCCCUCCUGUCAGUGGACAGUGUCCUCUAUAACCCCCCUGCCCGGAGGGAGGAGGUCUACUCCAGGCGUAGGAAGUUCAUUUCCAGUGAGGGAGACCACAUGACACUGCUCAACGUCUACAGGGGCUUCAAGAACAUGGGCGGAAAUAAGGAUUGGUGUCGAGAGAACUUUGUGAACAGCAGGAAUAUGUCUCUGGUGACAGACGUUCGCAGUCAGCUGAGAGAGAUCUGUGUGAAGCUGGGAAUUUCCCCCGAGUCCUCUCGCUCCGAUAUGGGAAAUGUCCGCCGCUGUCUGGCGCACGGGCUGUUCACGAACGCAGCCGAGCUGCAGCCUGACGGGACGUACAUGACCUUGGACACUCACCAGCCUGUGGCCAUCCACCCCUCCUCCGUGCUCUUCCAGGCCAAGCCGGCCUGUGUGGUCUUCAACGAGCUCCUGCACACUUCCAAGUGCUACAUGCGGGACCUCUGCCUGGUGGACCCGGACUGGCUCCACGAAGCUGCGCCCGAGUACUUCCGCCGCAAACUCCGGGCGAUCAAGAGCUAACCCCCCCGACCAAGAGGCAACUUGUGCACUAGAUCUCAAGGCAGCAUCUUGUUUUCACCCCACAUUCACCCAAAAACAGUCUAUGGUAACAGAGUAGCAUACACUGUUGGAUUACAAAGCAUCCAUCCAUCCAUCCAUCCAUUUUCUAACCAAUUCUUCCAGUUCAGUUUAGUGUUGGAACUGGAGCCUAUCCCAGCAAGCAACAGGCUCAAGGCAGGGUACACCCUGGAUGAGAUGCCUGCUUACACAGCAUCUUUGUUCCAAGAUCAGUUGGUGGAAUCCAACACAUUUGGCCUUAGAGAGAAAACUCACUGUAUCACGGAUGUGACAAAGAUAGUCUGGUGUUUGUGGUGAGAGUUUGGGACCUGUGGGGUUGUCUCCAAAGACAACUCUAGAAAUGACUCACAGUUUCAGCCUGCUCGGACAACGUCUGACCUCCACUGACUCUGUUCUGUCACCUCUCAGCUUUCCCUUGUUUUUUUACUCUUCCUUUCUCUUUCUCAGGGCUAAAUCAUCAGCAGAUAACCGAAUAUUAACUUAAGAACCAGCCUGGACAAUGAAUUCAGCCAUGCAAUGAGACCUUUUGUAUUCUUUUCUGGAAGAGAUGGGCUGUUGCUGUGAUAGAUCAGUAAAUUAUAAAGAACUGAGCCCCACAGUGGUAGGUUUUCCACAGUUCUCAUGUGUCUGGCACAACCUUGCUUUUGUAUUUGACUGCUGGCAGUUUCAAGAAACACCCAACUGCUAUAAAAAUAGGAAUAUGAUUAGCUUCACAGCCAGACUGCUGAGCUGUGGAGCAAUAAAGAGAUGUGCAUUUAUUGUACCUUUCAA